AGAUUUUUUUAUUUUAUUAUAUUAUUUAAUAAUAUUUUAUUUUUAGUGUUUAUCAUUUAUGUAAACGUCUUGCAUUGUAUCUUGCGCAAAGUUCUUGUUGAAUAGUUGAGUAUAAGAGGAGGAGGCUGGCGAUGGGAGUGAUCAUCAGAUGUUCAACACCUACUCCAUCUGUACCUACAUGAAAACCAUCCAGUCAGAGGAUGCUUUUCUUUUAUCGUUGAGCUUAAGUACGUUUUUAGGUCUUUUCACAAAAAAACAAAAUGACGACGUAGAAGUUCUCGGUGCGUGUCCUUAUGGAGUCCAUGCAGCGCUGAAGCAUUUUAAACGUUUCACUUGGCAGAAAGAUGAACGCAUCUCAGCAGAUCCACUUCUCUUCCUACUGGAAAGUUGAGUCGGUAAUCAUUUCUGUCAUAUUCUCGCUUAUUUUUUUGGUUGGUACCGUGGGGAACUGUCUUGUGCUCGCGGUUCUCAUUCGCAACGGACAGAUAAACACAAAGAGCACCAACCUGUUCAUCCUGAACCUCGGGCUUGCGGACCUCUGUUUCAUCGUCUUCUGCGUGCCUCUCCAGGCUACCAUCUACACCAUGGACGAGUGGGUUUUUGGACAGUUUGUGUGCAAAGCUGUGCACUUUAUCAUCUACCUGACCAUGUACGCGAGCAUCUUUACUCUGGCAGCGGUGUCUCUGGACAGAUAUCUUGCCAUUCGAUAUCCUCUUCGCUCAAGAGAGACCAGAACUCCUCGUAAUGCUCUGACCUCCAUCAGCCUCGUUUGGGCUCUAUCGCUGUUCUUCUCCAGCCCUUAUCUCAGCUACUACCAGCAGAUGGAUCUAGACGGGACCACCGUUUGCAUCCCGGCGUGGAACACCCACCAUCGUCGAGCCAUGGACGUCUGCACCUUCAUAUUCGGCUACCUUAUCCCGGUCCUCAUUCUCGGCAUCACGUACGCCCGCACCAUCCGCUACCUCUGGACCUCCGUGGACCCCAUGCAGGACAUGUCGGAAUCCCGCAAGGCCAAGCGCAAGGUGACCAAGAUGAUAAUCAUCGUGGCUGCGCUCUUCUGUUUAUGCUGGCUGCCGCAUCACCUGGUUAUCUUGUGCAUGUGGUUCGGCCACUUCCCGCUCAACCACACAACCUACGUACUCCGCAUCCUCUCUCACCUGGUGGCCUACACCAACUCCUGCCUGAACCCCAUCGUCUACGCCCUGGUGUCUAAACACUUUCGAAAGGGCUUCAAGAAGGUGUUUGGCUGCUCGUUUCGUAACCGGGUCGUAAACCGGAUCCACGCCGUGCAGCCGGCGCAGAUGGUGAGCCUGAUGGAAGCUGCUUCAUGCGAAGGAUCCAAUCAUAGCGACGGGUCAAACCGGGGUCGCCUUUGGAGCAAAAGUAGCAAGAAGAUGAUGACGAGUGCCUUCAUGACAUUUAAUGUGACAUAAUCCACUUAAACUCUCACCUACUGUCAAAUCAGCGCUCUACCAAAGUAUAAAACUCUUCUGUUCCGGUGGCUUUUAACAGCAUUUGAGCUGUGAUUACAUAACAAAAGUUAUCAUAUAGGCACAGAUUGUCAGGUAGAGAAGAAGCAGCGCUUUUUGUGUUCUUGGUGAGGACAGAGACCGAUGUUUAAAAUGAAAAGCUCUCUCGCGUCUGUGUUUUGUCAGUGUUGGCAGCUUUCGUCACUGUGCAGUGGUGGCUGUGUGUUUUCUGACUGUGAAUCAUGGUAGGGUUUUCCGGAGGUACGAGCAGAUUCAAUUAAACGAGUACAGUGUCAGCGUCAAGUUGUUCACGGCGGACAUUUAUAACAAUAUGAUCAUAUUUGAACAAUUUAUGUUCUCAGUCCUUUGGGAUUAAUGCCUGCAUGAUCUGAUGUAUUGAGUCAACAGUGUCUAUAAUGUUGAAAACUAGUUUAAAGCACAUGCGGUCAUUGUAAAGUGUUUCUUGUGUGUGUGUGUAUAUUUUUUGUAAUAUAUGUUGGCUGCAUAAUGCGGUUUUAUUAGAGUAUCAGUAAUGACAGAAAUAAAAGAAUACAUUUUUUAAGAACUCAAUCUUUUUGAUCUUGAGAAUAAUAUUUUAACAUCCCAAAAUAUUACAAAUAUUACAAAUAAAAAUUUGAGGCCAGUUCGACGUUUUAGGGAAAAUAAAAUGUUUUGAUCCAAAACAGUUGAAACAUCACUACUGUAAAAUAUUACUUUUCUAUCGCAAUUGUAAUAUAUUUCUGUAAUGGCAAUUCUGAAUGUUCAGCAGUUUCGGCCAAAAAUGCCUACAAAGAAUUUACAACCUAUAAAUAAAAUAUUGUUCACAAGUAAAUCCACA